AUGUUCAAUAUCAAUGAAUCACAAAAUCGAACCAUAUCAACAACUGCUGCCGCUGCUGCUGCUGCUGCUGUCACUAACGGCAUCAAUUUGGGUAUAACAAAUCUAGGCAUCAAUACAAGGUCAACAUCUGCUCCCAUUGCCAAUAAUGCUGCUACUACUAUUAAUCUAGAUACUAUCAAACCGGUUGACCUGAAUGUUCUAUCACAGAUUCGAAAGCAUGUUGCAAAUGUUAAGGCCCAUAAUCCAAAUCUUAUGAAAAAAGAAAUGACAAAUCAUCAAUCUUCUAUUAAUGAAUAUAGUAAAGAUAUAUUAAACAAGUUGAUUACCUUUGAAUAUUCUACUGACUUUAAGAUCAAUAAACCUGAUUUAUCAAAGUUUAAAUUACAACCAGAAAUUAAUGAAUCAAUGAGAAAUUUAAUAUUUGAUUUCUUAAUGUGUUGUCAUACAAGAUUGAAAUUAUCAACUUCAACCUUAUUCUUAGCAUACAGUAUCAUUGAUAGAUUUUCAUCGAAGUUUUUAAUUAAAAAUUUCUCUUAUCAAUUGAUUUCAUUAACUGCUUUAUGGAUCAGUUCUAAAUAUUGGGAUUCUAAAUAUCGAAUUCCAACUUUGAAAAAUUUACAGAAUUUAUGCUGUAAUCAAUAUUCAAAAUCAGAAUUUAAAGAAAUGGAAUUGCAGAUUUUAAAGGCAUUUAAUUGGUCUGUUUGUCAAAUACCAACACAUGACUCAGUCAUUGAUAUAUUACUAUUUUUGAAUCAAAAGAAUAUUUUUCAAAACCAAUUAAUGACAAUAAAUGAAAUUAAAAUGGGUUCAAUAAUGUUAUGCGAAUUAGCUUCAUUCAAUUUAGACAUUUCAUUUGAAUAUAAUCCAAGUAUGAUUUCAAUUACUUCUAUUAAUCUGAUGAAAUUAGCUUUAACGUUCCACAAAUCUAAUAAAUGGGAUGAAAUUGAAUCAAUUUCACAAGAUAAUAAAAUUAUAACUAUUUGUCAUGCAUUACUAGAACAAUUAUCGUCUGCAUAUCAAACAUCUUCCACUGUCGAGGCGGAUGAAGGUGCUGAUGCUACAUCAGUAUAUUCGGGGACUACCCAUCCCUAUAGUCAACAAAAGGAAUUGAAACGAUCUACAUUACCAACAAGUUUUAAUUCAAAAUACAAUCUUAUUAACAAUAAGAAUAACGAAUCUAAUGAAACAACAUCUACAUAUUAUAAGAAUUUAUUCACUGCAUUAUACAACUAUAGCAUUCAAUGGCAAUUAAACAAUUUUUACGCAUCUCAAUCUGUACAAGAUUAUUUAUCCACUAUUACACCAUCAUCCGGUGACAAAGAUAUCGCAACUACGCCAUCAUCUUUACAAAGUAGAAAUAUGAGUGUAAUGGAAACGCCUCAUAUUAAUAAUACAUCAUCCUUAUCAUCAAAUUCUUCAUACCUAUCAGCUACGCAUCUUCCAACACCUUCAAUUGAAAGUUAUGGAAGCAAUAUCAAUAUGCAUUCACAAAACCAUCAUUCAAACAAAUUCAUCCAAUUACCACAGUUAUUGACUCCUUUAACUCCUACUAAUGGAGUAAAUAUGGUUACGAAUUUGAAGAAACGGUCAGUGGCCUCAGUCAUGUCAUCCAUUGAUAAUCCUAAUUCAACAAGGACAAAGAAAAGAAUUAUUUCAACUGUUGGUCCAAGAUACAUGUCCAAUCCAGCUACAUCUACAACAUCAGCAUUUUCUUCUUUGAAUUUGAGUACUAAGAAUGAUAUAACGUGA